AUGGAUUCCGAUGAUGACAUGAUGUCUGUCUCUCACAGUGAGGACGAGCUCGAACUCGACGAGGGCACACAAGAUAGCGAGGUCGGUAGCAUCGAUGGAGAUUUCGAGCCAGAGGACGGCAGCUUUGGCUACGACAAAGACUAUCUCACAAAUCCAGCAAAACCAUACGAAAUCGAGUUCAAGGUCCUCGAUCCUCAGGAGAUCAAAGCCCAACAAGACAAACAAUUCGAGGAAGUAUCCUCAGUCCUCGAGCUUCCCCCAGAACAAACGGCAAUUCUUCUCCGUCACAUGCGAUGGAACAAGGAAAAGCUGCUAGAAUCGUAUAUGGAAGAUCCAGAACGCGUCCUCGAAGCGGCUGGACUUGGCUUGACAUUUGCAGCAGCACCUCAGACAAAAACUGUGCCUGGCUUCGAGUGCGAAAUCUGCUACGAGGACGGCCCCUCACUACAGACAUAUGCCAUGAAAUGUGGUCACCGAUACUGCGCGGAUUGCUACACCCAAUACCUGACUCAGAAGGUCAAGGAAGAUGGAGAGGCUGCAAGAAUAGAAUGUCCCAAGGACGGCUGUACACGAAUGGUGGACGCCAAAUCACUGAGACUCCUAGUCACACCCGAGAUCCAGGCGCGUUAUGAUGUGUUACUCACCAGAACUUACGUCGAUGACAAAGAGAAUCUCAAGUGGUGUCCAGCACCAGACUGUGAGUAUGCCAUCGACUGUCCGGUAAAGAAGCGCGAUCUCAACCGGAUCGUUCCGACGGUGCGUUGUUCCAAGCAGCAUGCUUUCUGUUUCGGCUGCACUCUCGCAGACCAUCUACCGGCUCCUUGUGCCCUCGUCAAGAAGUGGAUGAAGAAGUGUGAGGACGACAGCGAGACCUCGAACUGGAUCUCAGCCAACACGAAAGAAUGUCCGAAGUGUAACUCGACCAUCGAAAAGAAUGGAGGCUGCAAUCACAUGACUUGCCGAAAAUGCAAGCAUGAGUUCUGCUGGAUGUGUAUGGGCCCUUGGUCGGAGCAUGGAACUAGUUGGUACAAUUGCAACCGAUUCGAGGAAAAGUCAGGCAGCGAAGCCAGGGACGCUCAGGCCAAAUCUAGACACUCGCUCGAGCGAUAUUUACAUUACUACAAUCGAUACGCCAACCACGAACAAUCUGCCAAGCUGGACAAAGACCUUUACCUGAAGACCGAGAAGAAAAUGACGAGCCUCCAGACACAAUCUAACAUGUCGUGGAUCGAGGUUCAGUACUUGGAUGCUGCAUCAAAGACGUUGCAAGCGUGCCGACAGACCUUGAAGUGGACGUAUGCUUUUGCGUACUACCUGCAGCGAAACAAUAUGACCGAGAUAUUCGAGGACAACCAGAAGGACCUGGAAAUGGCGGUCGAGGCUCUUAGUGCCAUGUUUGAGAAGCCUGUCAACGAAUUGGGCAGCCUGAAGGUCGACAUUCUCGACAAGAGCACCUACUGCAAUCGGCGACGGGAGAUCCUGCUCAGCGACACCGCCGACAAUCUCAAGAAAGGCAAUUGGGAAUUCAUCGUUGAGGUAUAG